GCCCCACCACGUGCUUGUUGAUGUUGACGGGAAGGUGCAGCUCACUCGCUCGACUCUCGACUCUCGACUCUCGAUUCUCUCUUCUUGUGCAACCCGACAAGUGAUAGCAUAUUCGUAACCAUGUCUUCCACCGAGAGCAUUCCAGCUCCUGGUAAGUGGCCCGUCGACCCUCAAGAAGACAUCCCAAUCAGCGACGAUCGCGUCUGGGUGGAUGGCUGCUUCGACUUUGCCCAUCAUGGUCAUGCUGGCGCCAUGCUCCAAGCACGUCGUCUGGGAACCGAGCUUCUUGUUGGUGUUCACUCCGAUGAGGCCAUUCUCGAAAACAAAGGUCCUACAGUCAUGACUCUGGAUGAACGCUGUGCUGCUGUCGACGCAUGUCGCUGGGCCACAAAGUCCAUUCCUCACGCCCCUUAUGUGACUUCCCUACCUUGGAUCUCCCACUACGGCGCCAAAUAUGUCGUUCAUGGAGACGACAUUACUUCAGAUGCCAAUGGCUACGACUGCUACAGAUUCGUCAAGGAGGCCGGCCGUUUCAAGGUCGUCAAGCGCACACCUGGUAUAAGCACGACCGAUCUUGUUGGUCGUAUGUUGCUGUGCACAAAAUCACACUUCAUCAAGGACCUUGAUGCUUUGCUGGAGGGCCAAGAAGGCCCAGGCGGAGAAACGGAGAGAAAGAGCACAGGAGAGGACAUGAAAGAGAGAAUCAGGGAAUACGCGACCGAUGAGUCUGGCAACAACCCCUUGGUCGAAGUCUGGAGUUGGCGCUCUGCACACUCCAACCAACAACACUUCCACCAGAAUGGCUCCUUCCUCAAGAAGGUCAACGGAACUUCACCACUGCCCGGUCAGAAGGUCAUUUACGUUGAUGGUGGCUUUGACCUUUUCUCGACUGGUCACAUCGAGUUUCUCAAACAGGUCGUCGAGACUGAAGAGAAGCAAGCCAAGCAAACCGGAUGGGACAAGGAAUUCAGUCCCAUCUAUGUUGUCACAGGUGUCCACAGUGAUGAAGACAUCAACGAUUACAAGGGUAUCAACUACCCCAUCAUGAACAUUUUCGAGCGUGGUCUAUGUGUCCUGCAAUGCAAGUAUAUCUCGUCUCUCAUCUUCAUGGCACCCACAGUUCCCAGCAAAGCCUUCCUGGAAUCAUUACCCUACUCAGUCCAAGCAGUCUACCACGGCCCCACAGUCUCAGCACCUCCUGGUGAAGACUUCUACACCGACGCAAAGGAAAUGGGUAUUUUCCGCGAAAUCUCCUCACACCCAUACUCGCAAGUCAACUCAGACUCCAUCGUCAACCGCAUUCUUAAGAGCAGAGAGUUGUACGAGGAACGUCAACGCGUCAAGGGCGUCAAGGGUAUUGGAGAAGAGGCCGUGCGCAGAAGAGAGGCGAUGGAAAGGGAGAAAGCAGAGAAAGACAAGGCCGCGCGCGCAUAAAGAGGUGACGUCGGAACCACAGUAAUAAAAGUCUUCUUCCCCAAACCUUGAUCUUUGUGCAACAGGCUCUCGGCGGCCAAGGUUCAUCUUUUCCAAAGGCCUGUUGCAUUUCAACAAGGUGUCGAAUGAAUACUCUUUCCAGCAAGUCGACACAUAGACGAGAAGCGUUGACAGACUUCAACAUAUACUAAUCAUCCUUAUGUCGGAGAACGAGGAACGAGCAAAAAGGCAGACGGGUCAGGGACGCUAUUGCUUUCUUCGGGUACAUGGAUGCCUAGCGGGAGUAUGAGAGAAAAAAAAGGCAGAAGUUCACGGUG